GUUUCCGACACACAGUCCAGGCCAGUACUGCAGUGUACAUCAUGGGACAACAUUCACCUGAAGACACAUACGAUGUCCAAACGUGUUUUACUGCCAGUGUUGGGACUUUGGUACUUCCUGCCUCUGGUAGGGGGGUGCGGCGGAAAUGUUCAAAGACCCUGGAUUUGAGAGUCCCGACCCCCACUCUAGUUGGGUGGCCAGAGGAUGUCACAUGACGUCUUCCACUGAUCGUGUAGAAGGAAAGCAUUCGGUGGAAGUGUCUUCACGAACUGCUACAUGGGCGGGCCCAGGACAGGUGGUUACCCUCCAGCUCAACACUCGUUACUUCGUCCAGGCCCGUGUAAAACAGCUGAACGAGGUCACUGGAAAGAUGUUUCAGAAGUUUGCCAUCUUAAUGGAUAUCCAGCAUCAUAAUGGUUCUCAUAGCUAUGUUGACGUAGUGGAUAACAACGCCAUCUACAUCAACAAGGGGUGGACAACAAUCUCCGGCUACUUCAUCUUCCAGAAGACAGAUCACAAGACCAUAGAACUGAGAGUGUACGGGCCAGACAAAACCAUCAACUACUUGGUGGAUGACAUGUCACUCACGGAAAUACCCGAGGACAAUAACUGGAAGUCGGAGGCGGACAAGCGGAUUGACCAGCUCAGAAAGAACAACAUACACUUUAACAUCCAAACUCCGUCAGGUGUGUCCAACGCUGACCUUGACAUUCAGGUGGACUUGGUGAAACACAGCUUCCCGUUUGGAUCCCAGACACGAUAUCAUGAGAUGUUUACUUACCCCCACUACGAUGACUUGUUCUUCUACAUGUUCAACUGGGCCACCGAGAACGACUACUACUGGUUCCAGAAUCACCCACCACGACACGACCCGGACUACAGUAAUGCUACAAAGACACUGGAUCUGCUUCAUCAGCAUGGAAUAUCUGUACGAGGUCACAACAUAUUCUGGGGAAAUUCUCGCCACACACCAACGUGGGUACAGGCUCUGAGUCCGGACCAGGUGAAGCAGGCCGUGGAUGAAAGGAUACAGUACAUUGUCAAGGACACAAAGGGGAAGUUGAAGCACUGGGAUGUCAACAACGAGCUUCUCCAUGGACACUGGUUCGAGGAACAAACUGGAGACAAAUUCUUCUCUCAUAAGAUCUUUGCCAAGCUGCACCAGGCAGAUCCCAGUGUCAAACUCUUCCUCAAUGACUUCAAUGUUGUGGCGAGAGGCACAUCCACAUCGGCAUACGUGGACCAGGCAAGGGAGUUCAAGUCGGCCAAUGUAGGCGUGUAUGGAUUAGGUGUGCAGAGUCACUUCACGCCGUACAAGGCUCCUGACCCAACACUCAUCAAGAGACGCCUGGACAUGCUGGCCACGACUGGCCUGCCUCUGUGGGUCACCGAGUUGGAUGUUGUGGCCAGUGACGACAACACCCGAGCUAACUGGUACGACACGGCACUGCGCAUGCUGUUCAGUCACCCUGGUGUUGAGGGAAUCAUACUCUGGGGAUUCUGGGAUGUACAUCACUGGAGAGGCCCGGAUGCAGCUCUUGUUAACGGGCCCCAGUUCCAUAUUAACGCAGCAGGAAAGAGAUACAUCGACCUCCUCUACAAGGAAUGGAGUACACACGUCACACACAAAAUGUCAUCAGGGACACAGUUUAAUGUCAGAGGUUUCCAUGGUGACUACAGGGUCAUCGUCAAAUACCAUGGCAACCCGGUUAUGCAGCAGACUUUUACCCUGGGGAAACAGAGCAAACAAGUUAAUAUCCAGAUCACCAACGUCAACAAUAUCAUCAACAUCCCCACGGCUCCUUCCCCUCUGGAUUACCAUCAUUCAGUACCCCAUCCUGUGACACACAUCAACGAACGAACAAUUGGUCACAUGGCGUCCGGCUCAUCCAAUCGGCUUACAUGUAUCACCAGAUACUCAGGAUUUUCGGAAGUCGCGGAUGACAAGAUGGCGGAAGUGGGAUGUCCUUCCGGAUACGUCCUCACCGGAUGUUCAGGGAAGGUCAAGGACAGUCGUGAUCAAACUGAUGGGGAGAAAAUAUCCUUAAACACUGGACCAACAUGCAGUGCCUAUGAAGGAGGAUCCCCUACAGCCCCUAUCCAGGCAGUGGCGAGAUGUUGCAUGCUGACAGGUCUCGUGUGUGACUACCGGACUUCCGGUCCUUCACAGGAUCUUCUUGGCCAGAGAAUUGAGACUAGAUGUCAAAACAACAUGUACGCUACAGGUUGUGCUGCACACACAUUCUUCCGACUCUCUGACGGAACUUUCCCAUCAGCACAUUCGUGCAUUGCUCAGAACUUUGAAAACAAAGGAGGGCUGCAGUCCUCUGCCGUGUGUUGCUCGGGUCCCCAUCUCACGUGCCAGGUGAAGAUCUCCCAGCCCUCUGGUGACAAGUUGGGGGACACAACGUCCGUGUCAUGUGACCAGGGCUGGCAGCUCGUAGGAUGCUCAGCCUACUCGGAGGAUGCUAAACUGAGCGGGGCCUAUAUUAGAGGUAACGCAGACCAGUGCCAGGCAGUGAACGGAGCUGAGAGACUGUACGGGGAGAUGGGGGCCACGGCCUAUGUCACCUGCUGCCGCACAGACUCGUGACAAUAAAGCUUGCAAAUCUCA